AGGAAGAAGAAGAAAACGAACAAAACCCAAUAAGUAGCGAUCGAAGCUAUAAACACAGAAGAGCGAAAGCUCGGGCAUUCACAUCUGAAAGCAAUACAAACAAGCCCACGAAGAAAUUAAUCAGAGCGAAGCACAAGAGUAACAAAGGAGUCGAGAAAUCAUUGGGUUGGUCGGGGGAAGUUACUUCUUUUGUUCGGUUUUUUUUUUGUAUCUUGUCUGAAUAAUUCUGGUCAAUCUUAGCAAAAAGGUUACUGCUCAAAUCAAUCUUGCCAACACUUGGUGUUUUUCUGCUCACAAGCUUUGGGUCCCGCUUCUCAUUGCCCGCUUCCUCCAUCUUCAAUUCGAAAUUUCGUCUUUUUCUAGGCAAUUCGAAUCCGUUGCUCUGUUCUCGAGCUCGAAUCAUUUUCCCAGCUCCACUGAUCUCGAUUGGCUCCAACCGAAAUUCCGGGGAUUCUCCACUUCUUAGCUUCCGAAUUGGGCGUGAAAGAGAAUGCUGGAUUUUUCUGCUCUGGUGCAGUCUCGUCUCGUGAAGCUGGUUAAAGGGUUCUUGGUGUGAGCUGGAUAGUGGAUAAUGAUCUCUAGGGUUUUGGUUUUGGGGAGAUGAGAUUUGGCUUCCUAGAUUUACUUGUUCUGGGUCGUUUUGGAAAUGAAACUGGAGUGUCCUGUACUAAAACGCUUUCAGCUAAGUUCUUGAGAUGCUCCUGGAUUUGAGUUUGACAAGUUAUAAGUUAAUGCGUUGGAUUUGUUGGUGUCAAGGAUAACUAGACGCUGAGAGGGUGCAUUUUGUGCACUCCUCUGACUUUUUCAUCGGGUUUCGGAUUUAGAAGAAAAAGAAGAAGAAGAAGAAGAAGAAGUACAAAGAGAAAUAUGCAACGCCCUCAAGAUCCCAGGAUCGAUCUAGCUGAGCUGAAAGUGCAUAUAGUGAAGAAGAUUGGAGUGGAAAGAUCAAGAAGGUAUUUUUAUUACUUGGGAAGGUUUCUGAGUCAGAAGCUUACUAAGAGUGAGUUUGAUAAGUCAUGUCACCGUCUUUUGGGGAGGGAGAAUCUUCCUCUGCACAACAAGUUGAUUCACUCGAUCUUGAGAAACGCAUCUCUGGCUAAAUCCCCGCCUCCAGUUCACAAAACCGGUCACCCUGACAAAGAAGAUGGGCCUGAACAAAGCGGAUCUCUAAUCCCUAACCAUAAUAGGAAUGAUCCUGUUUGGUCAAAUGGGGUGUUUCCUAAGGUUCGGUCUGGAACGUGUGUUGGGACGAUCAGAGAUAGGCCUAGUCCCCUUGGACCAAACGGAAAGGUUGAAAGUCUGUUGCAUCAACCACUUUGUAGAGAAGACAAGAGCGGUAAUAGAUACACCGAGAACGGGGAUUUGGGUCCUUCUGCUUAUCAAAGAUCAGGUCGAUAUACUGAUGAAAGAGGAGGUGCAUUUCUUUGUCCUGCUGAAAAAACGAGAGUACCGGAUAAAGGUAAGGUCGCAGCUCAAGUUAGCAGAGAUGAUGAAGCUCAAGAGGAGCGAGGCAGAUUGGUUAUUUCCAAGAGUCCUGUAGUUGCACCUCUAGGGAUUCCAUUCUGCUCAGCUAGUGUCGGUAGGGCCCGCAGAACAGUUCCAGUCUCGACCAGACCUGACUUUAUCAGUUGCUAUGACAGUGGUGGGUUAUCAGACACAGAAAUGCUUAGAAAGCGGAUGGAGAAUAUCUCCGUAGCACAGGGUCUUGGAGGGGUUUCAGCGGAGUGUUCUAGUAUGUUGAAUAACAUGUUGGACGUGUACCUGAAGAAACUGAUCAAGUCAUGCGUUGAUUUGGCUGGAGCUCGGUCCACGAAAGGAAACCAAAUUUUAGAGAAACUGCAUAGCCGAGACGAGACUGUAAAUGCGGUGCGGCCGAGUAGCAACCAAAUGUCUGACAUAACGCAAGAACAGCAUUCGGUGUCUUUGCUUGAUUUUAGAGUUGCAAUGGAGCUAAACCCACAUCAACUUGGCGAAGACUGGCCAUUGCUUCGGGAGAGGAUUUCCAUGCGUUCGUUUGAGGAACAAGAAGGGGUGUGAAGAUAAAUGUUUGGGAUGUUGGAUGUUGCAAAAUUGUCUGAGUAAGCUGCUAUGGUCCGGAAAAAACUGGCCACUGGUUUUGGUAGCAAAACGAUUCUAAAGCCUUGCCAGAAUCCCAAGAUGGACCUGCUGGCUUAGAGACACAUCUAUGUCCUGCAGCCGCAGACUCGGGGCAGGUUAGUAGAUGUUUCAAAAUGCAGCUAAGCCCGAAGAGCCGUGUUUCAAUUGAAACUACGUGUUGUUGUAAGAGCAGUAGUGAUUUGGCCAUCCCAGUGGGUUUCAAGCUCUGUGUAUAACACGCAAGCCGAUAAGGGAAUCAAGAGAAAGUUUUGGCAGAGAUACUGUGGGUUUUGAGGCGGGAGCAAGGUACAAACAUCCAUGUAAUAGCUGCAGUAUUGCUGUGUAUGUAACAUAGUCUUAGAAUUGUUUAGAAUUUAUAUCUUGGAAACACAUUGACAACACUUUUACAUUUACUUUUACAUUUUUGUUUUCUUAUUUCAAUGAAAAAAAAGUGUUACUUUCAAU